AUGAUCGUUACGGAUUCCGAUUACCUUGAGCAGCUUGAGAUUGUUCGCAAGAUCCGUGAGACGAUUACGACAACGGAUGAAAUCAGUCUCCCUCAGAUAUGUGUCAUUGGAGAUCAGAGUUCAGGAAAGUCGAGCUUCCUCUCUCGUCUAACCGGUGUCCGCUUCCCUACUGCGGCCAAAAUGUGCACCAAAGCAGCUGUUGUUGUGACCUGCAACCGUGACACCAGCCUCCCGGUACCAAGGUACGAGAUUGAGGACUGGGAAAACCCGGGCCACUACGUCGAGACAGAAUCCACCGCCGAGGCGAUUGAUGACACCCAAAACAAGCUCCUCCGAAAGAAGUUUGGUGGUAAUGGGGCUGCUUGGGACGAAGAGGACAAUGCCAUAGUAGCUGACCAGUCCAUCAAGCUUCGUGUCACGGGCCCAGACGUCAUCGACAUUAUUAUCGUCGAUCUCCCGGGCAUCCAACACGCCGGAAAGACCAAGGAGGCCAUCGAUGCGUUGAUCGAGGCAAACAUAGAGAAGCCCGAGACUUUGAAUCUCAUCGUGUCGGAAGCCAAGCAAGAUGCGGAGCUUACAAAGGCGAUUGAAAUCGCUGCGAAGUACGAUCCCAAUCAGGAGCGUACGAUCCGCGUCUUGUCCAAGUUCGACAACUUCGAUACUCCCGACACCAAGCAGAGAGCUGUUCGCCUCAUCAAAGAAGGUCUCAGUCUUGACUUGAACGGACCAGCUGAUGUCAUCACGCAGCUCAAUCUGGGGCCGCACGCCGUCAUUUCCAUUGGGACUGAUGGAAAAUUGCGAUCUGACAGGGAAGGAGACACCGCGGAAGCAUCUCAGCUUUUGAAUCAGUAUCAGGUCCCCCAGUCUAGGGCUGGCAUUUUAACUCUCAAGGAGCGCCUGCAACCUCUGUUCGCGAGGCUGAUCAAGCAGUACUUGCCACUGUUGAAGCAGAAUGCUUCGGAUAGCUUGAAUGAGGCACAGACAUAUCUCCAGAAGGUUGGGGAGAAACCGGUUUCGAAGAACCACAUGGUGACGAAGUGCAUGGAAUCGUUACAGAGAAGAAAGGAUGAGUUGGAGAAGAAGCUAACGGACAAGUGUCUGUUCCCCCUCCAGAGCAUGAUCAACGCUGUUGAAAGCAAGCUGACAUUCGAGUACGUCACGGCAACUUUCCAGAUCAAUGCGUUUCAAUGCGUUGUUUUCCAAGGCAAGAAUGAAUUCGACGAGGCUGUCGAGAUGGUCAAGGAGAUAUGGGAACCCAUUGUCCACGAAUUCAUCAAGCGCUGCUGCGAAGUCAUUGUCGAUGCGGUUCAAUGCCUUCGGCAGGACGAGGCGACUAAGAUCUAUAGCAAGUUGGUCUCGUCGAUUCAAGCUCAAUACCAGGAACACAUGAAAAACGAGGUGCUACCAAAGUUCAAAGAUUCCUGCAUCGAGGCUUUGGACGACGAAGCAUUCUAUGGCACGACAAACCAUUACUUCAAUGCGAAGUUUCGCAAGGAAGAGAUUUGCCCAAAGGAGCUCGAAGAUGCAUUUGUUCAGAAAGCAACAGCUCUCUUGAACGAUAACGUUAAGUCGCCUUACAAUAACUCGACCUCUUACCGAAACGUCAAUGUGAACUAUCUCAAGGAAUGCCUCCAGGAGGCCGCAGAAGAGGUUGCGGCAAAACAUGUCCAUUCGAGCCUGAAGGAAACGCAAAAGAAGCGUCUAUUCUAUGCGGUUAAGGCUAACUUUGUCGUCGCCAAGAAGACGUUCGUGGACAAUAUUCUGAAGAAAACGAAAGGCAUCCUGAUCAAGGGACACGUCAAGUGGAUCGACACGAAGCUCUUGUAUUCCGAAAAGAUCCAGGAUGCUGCCGGCGAGGAUGAGACUGUUGUCAAGCUUCGGGCAGAUCUGAUUGCCAAGAUUGAGAGGCUAGAGGAAUGCAUGACUCUCCUGCGUGACGUACCUCUUCCCAGUAAAGAGGAGGCAACUGACGCCAACACAUCGGCUUGA